CCCCGGCCAUGGGGCUGGGCGGGCCCGCGGCUCAGCCGAGUUGAAGCGGCGGCGCCGGCCCGCGCGCCCCUUGGGGCCGCCCCCGCACCCCGCUCGCCGGCGUCUGUCUCUCAUGAUGAUGAAGAAGAAGAAGUUUAAGUUUAAGGUGGACUUCGAGCUCGAGGAGCUCUCCUCGGUGCCCUUCGUCAACGGGGUCCUCUUCUGCAAGAUGCGGCUGCUGGACGGCGGCAGCUUCACCGCCGAGUCCCCCAGGGAGGUGGUGCAAGCAAACUGUGUUCACUGGAGAAAGAAGUUCUCAUUUAUGUGCAAAAUGAGUGCAAGUGCCACCACAGGCAUCCUAGACCCUUGUAUCUACAGAGUAUCUGUGAGGAAGGAAUUAAAAGGUGGAAAAGCUUAUGCAAAGCUGGGCUUUGCAGAUCUAAACCUGGCAGAGUUUGCUGGAUCAGGAAAUACCACUCGUCGCUGUUUACUGGAAGGCUAUGAUACCAAAAAUACAAGACAGGAUAAUUCCAUUCUUAAAGUUUUAAUCAGUAUGCAACUGAUGUCUGGUGACCCAUGUUUUAAAACACCUCCUUCUACAUCAACGUCUAUACCAAUUGCUGGUGAAUCUGAAUCUCUGGAAGAAGAUAGAAAAGGUGGAGAGACUCUCAAAAUUCAUCUUGGGAUAGCAGAUCUCUCAGCAAAGAGUGCCUCUGUUCCAGAUGAACUUGGUGCCUGUGGACAUUCUAGAACAUCAAGCUAUGCAAGCCAGCAGUCAAAAGUAUCAGGCUAUAGCUCUUGCCACUCCCGGUCAUCUAGUUUCUCUGAGUUCUGCCACAGGAGAAAUACCUCAGUGGGAAGUACAUCAACAGGAAUUGAAAGUAUUCUAGAGCCAUGUGAUGAAAUUGAGCAAAAGAUAGCUGGACCAAGUCUUGAUACAGCUGAUAAAGAAGAUACAGCUUCGGAAACACUCAACAGAUGCCCAGUGAAACAAGAUUCUGUAGAAUCUCAGCUGAAGCGAGUUGAUGACACCAGAGUGGAUGCAGAUGAUAUUGUGGAGAAAAUAUUACAAAGUCAAGACUUCAGCCUAGAUUCCAGUGCAGAAGAAGAAGGACUGAGGUUAUUUGUGGGUCCUGGGGGAAGUACAACCUUUGGCAGUCAUCAUCUUCCAAACAGGGUGGGGUCUGGAGCUUAUGAACAAGUUGUGAUCAAACGCUAGAAAUCAAGCUGGUGAACUGAAGCUUCCCUAGGGGUUUAAGAUGUGGUCAGUUGAGCUGUCAAGGCACUUUAUUCAAGCACUUAUGAGAAAGUGAACCUAUUAAAAAAAAUGCGGCAUGUUCAUCUAUCAAGAGGAAAGCCAACACUGAUUUCUUCUCUGAAGGUGCCCACCACUCUCCCUUCUCACCCACCCACAGGGAACAUCGGAAUGGUAGUAUCAGGGCAGUGUGCUGCGUGUGCUUAUAGGUACACAGCUUCUGUUGUCACUGCACAUAAUAAUGAAAAGCCUUCUUUUUUUUUUUCAAAACAUCCAGUGGGAAAAACAGCACUAUACAUCUGAGUAUAAUUUUAAUGUUGAAGUGUAAAACGUGUGACAGAAGUGCUUGACUGAUUUGGGCUCUAAUUUUUUAAUUUUAUGUUUGAGAGACAAUAAGUGAAAAUAAUUUAAACUCUAUAAGCUUUGCCAAGAAUAGAUAUAAUUCCUGUGAAGGAAAUCUUCCAUAUUAUACUAUCACGGUAUUGUACUAAGUUCAUUCACUCUUUUUGAUGCAAUAUUUGAUAUAAAAUGUGGGUGUUCGUGAUUUGGGAAGGUGUUAUACUACAUUUUAAACAUGUAAAAUGCUUAAUUCUAAAUGUAUUAGUCAUAAAUUGAAUAACAAAUGUGAGUUAUUUAAGUCUGAGAUAUGUGAAUGGGUAUAAUGCUAUUAUUAUGCAGUAUGUAUCAUUACUUGUUAAUAUUAGAUGAGCUACAGAACUCCCACUAGCACUAUAUGAGAGACCGAAGUUUAAGACUCCAUAUUGUUAGGCUACCAUAAGACACCCUAAUGUAAGAGCUCUGUUAACAGAAUAAUAUCUGAUGGUUUCAGGAGUCAAAAUUUAGAACAACAGGAGGAAAAUUGUGAUAUGGUCAGAAACAGAGCUGCCUUUUCUCUGUAAGUUCAGGCUUACAUGAAACUGAAAAUUAUUCCAAGGAGGUAGUGGAUAAAGGACAGGGGACAGCCACUUGACAUCACUGACGUGGACCCAUGGUUUUCUGUUUUCUUCUUUACUGUAUCAGAAAUUAGUUAUUUUGAGGCAAGAAUAGAAUAUAACAUACAUCAAAUAGAGCUUUUAAAAUAAGAAUAUCUGAUCUGGAUCCAGUUAAAUAGCACAGCAGAUAAACCUUAAGAGUUUUUCUGGUCUUACAUGACAGUGUCUGUAUGGAAAGAUCUUAAUUUUCUUGGAAUCACUCAGUCACUGAAGAAAAAUAUUGAUUCUGUAGAACCAGUCAUUCCCAGUCCUUACUUUCAAAACCAUGUCCAAAAAUGUGCUGUGUUAGAAUUACUUUGGUCUAAUAUUUCCAUGUUGGCAAAGUCAGAAGGAAAAAUAUAUUAUUUUUUUUAAUUUAUUUUUAAUAUCCAGAUUUAGAGGUUUGAAAAUUUUUGAAUAGUUCAUGUUAGGGUUUUUUUUUUAAUAUUUCAAGGAUUGGGUAUUCCAAAUUAAUUCAAUACUACUUUUAUAAAUAGAUUCUGAUAUUUUUUUAAAGAGAUAACACCCCGUUUUAGAAUAUCUUGACUGUCGGAAGAUAGGAUUUUCUGACUCAUUAGUCAUGCUUUUUUAUUUUUUAAGAUUUGUUUUGAAGAAAAAAAAUUGACCUGAACAUUUUAGUCUAACCAAGGAAAAUAUUACCUUAAUGGUAAAGACAUGCCAUCUGCGAAUAAACAGGUGAAUUGAUCCAUUCGUUAUAUAUCAUGGGAAGAAAAAAACAAUCAAAGAAAGUUUUUAAUAGAGAUGUGAAGAUAUUGUUUAGAGAGAUAUUUAUUAUGACGUCUUAAAAACAUAUUUUUCUAUUUUCAAAGUAUUAUUUCUAGGCUAUGUUUUUUAUUGGCACUUCUGCAGAUGAUUUUGCAGUUUUGAAAGUGAUAAUAAAAACUAGAUUGUAAGUUAGGUUCAGUGAGGACAUUUUUCAGAUAUGUAAAAGAUGCUGUGAUUAGGGCACUGCCCACAUCUUACUCAUCCUUGGCUGCCCUUGGCCCAAUACCUUUAUACAAGACUGGCUCUUGGUAUUUAAGAUGAUAUAGCAUUAUUUUUUAAGAACAAAAUGUGGAGAGAUUUUGAAAAUCGUGCCUUUACAAUUUGAGCAGCCACCAGAUACAUCUUGCUUAAGGUACUAGUAAGUAUAACAUAUGUUUUGAUAAGUAGAAACAUUAGGAAGAAAAAAGAUGACAGUGUCCGCUUUCUUCAGUGAAAGUCUGGAUUUAUUUUAUUCUAUUUUGUGUUCUAUCAUAAUACUUUGCAAUCAGAUUUCAUUACAGUCCUUGAAAAUAUUUGUUAAAGGACCUAAGUGUCUUACUUUCUAGUUUUUCUUAGAGUAUAUACUAGUAAUAUCUUAACCAUAUAGCUAUUGAAAAAAAUCUGCUUA